AAAGUGAAGAGGUCAGCGAGAAAGGACUUCUCUCCAAAUGGCUUCCCUCAUCCUUGAAACUUUGAGUGUCAUAGGAAUCGUUAUUUGGCAAAUUCUCAAGUCCUUCGUACGGAUAUUUUUCCCGCCACCUCGUAAAGAUAUCAAUGGAGAAAUUGUAUUCCUGACAGGCGCUGGAAGCGGCUUGGGCCGAUUGAUGGCUGUGAAGUUCGCCAAGCUUGGCGCGACAGUCGUUUGCGCCGACAUAAAUCAAGCUGCAAACGACGAAACUGUGAAAGAAAUCCAAGAUCUAGGCUUCAAAGCGUGUGGUUAUAAAUGUGACUGUAGUAGCCGUGAAGACAUUUACCGUGUCGCUGAUCUCGUGAAGAAAGAAGUUGGCGAUGUCACGAUGCUGAUCAACAAUGCGGGGAUUGUUAGCGGCAAAAAAUUUCUGGACACAGAAGAUUGGAUGAUUCAGAAAACUAUGGAGGUUAAUACGAUGGCUCAUUUCUGGGUAUGUAUAUUGCUUAAAAACGUAAUAGUUACGUUUAAUAUAUAACUUACAUUGCGUUAAAGAACACACGACUUGGCCAAUGUCCUUGCAUGCGCAAUGGAGCGCAUCUUUACACUGUUUACACAAUCAUGCGUUCUCUUCUAUUCGAGUUGGGUCUCAUUAAGAAAAUAAGAGUUCUAAAAAAAGUUGCAAUUACGCUUAAUAAGGAUCUGUAGUGUUUUCAGUGGAAUUUUACAAUUACAUGUACGAAGAUUUGGUGGUCCAAAGUCCAUCAGCAGUGUUCGUCACGCUGGUAUUCUAUGUGCGUGACGUGGGGAACUGUUGGGUAAUGGGAAGGGUGGGUGGGUAGUUUUGUUCCUGCCACGUAGUUGUUUAAGGGACAAUCAUGAUCUCCCAGAAAUGGUGAUGACAGUAACAAUAAUGAGAACAGCAAAAGAUCAACAGGUUUUCAUGUAGAUAAGACAUUACAUGUAAGAGAACAACUUUGAAAGUGCAUCACACUUUUGGUACAUUUUAUGUAUGUUUCCUUGCCAUUGUUGCACGACUAUGAUCUAAAACCUCCUGUUUUCAUGUGUUUUGGAGGACAUGAACACAAGAAAAAUAAUUUUCUUUAUCAUUUUCUGAACGUAGAUAAUGUACAGUCUUGCAGGAUUCAAUUCUAGAAAAAUUAGCCAACAUUAGACAAUUUCACCCCACUGAAUUUAGAGCAAAGACGUAGAAACAGCACAAAUUCCCUUUUUGGGUGAGAUCUUCACUGUCAUCUCCAUCUCCCUAACAGCAUAAUAAUUAUUGUUUUACUGGGUACUUAAGCAGGGGGUAAAUGGUGGUCCACCCUAAUUUAUGGCAUAAAAAUGGCAUCUCUGUGUUUCUAAAUUAACAAGUCAAAUUUCAACGAAACUUCCAUAUCUCAUUUUUUAUACCCGGAAAACAAAUUUCCCCAAGUGAAAGUACAGCUCACUGUCCAAGAAGACUCCUUACACAACUGUAAUUUAAUCAGGGAAGGAAAGGUUUGAUGUACAGUUACAUGUACAGUGUAAACCUCCAUUAAGCAGCCAGUAACCAAAAUCCCCAAAUAAUUGUAAAAAAAUGGUAAAUUCAAUCUCUAUGGUCAUCCCAAGAAGAGUUCUCCUAUUAUUUUGACCUCUUUUAAGCGGCCAUCCGGUGCUUGAUACCAUUAGGGUGUGUUCCUUUGAGAUGAUCAGGAUCACGAUCAGUGAUCCGAGAUCACUCAGAUUAUGGUAGAUCAAAUGAACCCAUGAAUCCUCUCUGGACAAGGAUUCAUUGGUUCAUUUGAUCUAUCAUGAUCCAAGUAAUGUUGGAUCAGUAAUCCUGAUCCAGAUCAUCCCAUAGGAAUGCACCCUUAGUUUGGCUUCAUUUCAAGAAUUUGGUGAAGGAAUUACAGUCAAGAUAGAAGUUGGCAUCCAAUUGUGAACUAGUAAUGCUUCUCCCAUCACGUGUUUCUUUCAAAAUGAAGUGACAUUUCUGCUAAAGAUUAUGCUUAUUCAUGACAAACCUCUAUUGAGCAGCCACCCUCUGUUAACCGGCCACUUGCCAAUACCCCAAGAGCAUGGCUGCUUAAAUUAAGAAAGGUUCAACUGUAAUACAGAUGUCAAAGCUGUUCCAAGUGACAAAGAGUGAUCAAUUGCUUUUUUUACGUUCAACAACAGACCACAAAAGCCUUUUUACCAUCUAUGAUAGAGAAAAACCAUGGCCAUGUUGUCACAAUAGCAUCAUCUGCUGGUUUCUUUGGUGUCUCUGGACUAUGUGAUUACUGUGCCUCCAAGUUUGCAGCAGUUGGCAUUGACGAGUCACUGUUCAUGGAGUUGGGAGCGUUGAAAAAGGAUGGUGUUCACACAACUGUUGUCUGCCCAUACUUUAUUAACACGGGCAUGUUUGAUGGGGUUAAAACAAGGUAAAGUAUCAUCUUCUUCGGCUAUCAUAACAAAUCAAUUAAUGACUGGUCUCAUGAAACUAGUCCAUUUUGUUUUGGCAGAAUCUCAAUGUUUUCAAGGCAGAGCUGAAGGAAACACUGAGAGUCUUGGUUUCAGCAGAAAUACAAUGUACCUGUUUCCUGAGAGAUGAAUCAUAUUUCUUUAUACAGUAGUUAAGAUCCCUUAAUUUUUUAUUGGGCUUUGUGUAAUUUAUAAUUAACAAUAAAUUAUUAUAAUUUGAAUAAGGCUGAGUAUGAUGUGAAGAAUUUUGCAGUUUGACUAGAAUACACUUUGGCAUAUUCUUGUGUUUCUUCUAUAGUUUUAAUCAGAAAUUCAGCUACAAUUUUUGUCUUUGGAUAGCUGAGAUCACCUUUUUUUGGUUCGCUUUUGCCCAAGCAGCCUCGUCUCCUAGCAAAUAUACCAUCAAAUCAAUGAUACAUUGUACAUUGCUGCAUCUUCCAAAAUAAUACUGUAUGGUACAUGUAAGCGUCACUUGGUUAUGAAGAAUUAGCUGGGGGAUUCAAGCCAAUCAGAAAUGGCAAAACAUUUAAACUAUUUUGAACGAAUAAUAAUACCAAUUAAUCACCUUAAACUUUAGGUUCCCUCUUCUUCUUCCAAUUCUGGAACCUGACUGGGCAACAGACCAGAUGGUAGAUGCUGUUUUAAGAAAUAAGGCACUUUUGUUCCUUCCAAGAAUUCUGAGUUUGGUUCUCUGGCUCAAAAGGUGAGUUUUAGUUGAGUUUUAAACUUUGUAUAUUGUAAUUCACAGACAGCAUACAUACAUGAAUUUAUUAUAUAAACACCAAUGAAAUACAAGGUGAGCUUUCGGGCGAAAACUUGAUAUCUUCACGUGUGAAAAUAACAUGUUAUCUUGACAUGUGAAAAUAUCACCGUUGCUAUAGCUACAUAAUAGAUUGUGCCUUUCACACCAAAAAACUAUUAAAGUGAAAUGGUUUGGUAGUUCAUUGGUGUUUAUAUAAAAAAUAGAACAUUACAUGGCCGCUUGGAGAUACGAAAUUUCUCUUCUCGUGUUGAAAAAAUAUUUCACUCGUUCACUGCGCUCACUCGUGAAAUAUUUUCAACACUCGAAGAGAAAUUUGGUAUCUCCGCGUGGCCAUGUAAUAUCCUCACUUGUGCUAAUACAAGUACAGUGUAAGUUAAUCAUGGGAUGAGAAUCAUUUGGUGGGCUACACUGAGUCAGCAUGAUUUAAUUAUUCUUGAUCUUUUUUUAUGGUACAUGUACAUUAUGUACAGUAUAAGCUAUAGUGUAUAUUACAGCGAGAUAUUUUCAACAGUUCAAUUAUCAAUGUUCCAAAAUGUUGAUGGCCCUGCCAAAAACAUUGUUUAGUAUUUAUGAAAAGAAAAGCAUGCAACAAGAACUAUUGUAUGCAUGUACAUGUAUUGAGAAAAUAAAUAUUACAUUUACAGGGAUGAUUAAGAGAUAUAUGUACUUAGUAUCUGUUAUGUACAGUGAAUGUAUACAUGUAUGAGCUGCCUGUCACAUACAAAUACAAAUUUCCCAGACUGAUCUCCAUACAUUUCCUUGAAGAAUUAGUUAAGAAAAUUUAAAUGUGUUAAAAGAUCAAAGCAUUUCCCCUUUGGCAAUCAGUUUAUCAAUUCUCAUGACUUUUUCUCUUGAUUUUGUAUGGAUACUGAUUGAUUUUGGUCAGUAUUUGGAUGGCACAGAAGUUUUUUAUCACUUGUACAUAUACCGUAAAAUUCCGAAAACAAGCCCCAGGGCUUAUAUUUUUCAAAGGCCCUUUUUGAGGGGCUUAUAUUCAGAGGGGCUUAUCUACGGAGGGAAAUUUGCGUUUCAAAAUCGAUUGGACUAGCCUUAUAGUUGGAAGUAAAUUGACCGUUUUUGCUUUAUUUUAGUUUGUAUUUGAGGGCAAUUUCCAAGUACAAGCCCCUGGGGGGCUUAUAUUUGGAGGGGCGAUUUAACGGAGGGUUUUUUGCGUUACGAGUUUGGGGGGCUUAUAUUUGGAGGGGCUUAUUUUCGGAAUUUUACGGUAUUUGCUAUAAAAUGUUUUCUUGAGUUUGUCUUAUUAAAUGCCAUUAGAUACAAUUAUUACAACUGUAUUAACAAGCACUUUUGUUCUUUCACAGUACUGUUCCAACCUCUACUUACCACACUUUGGCGGAGUUUUUUGGAACAAAUGCCUGCAUGGAUGAAUUUAAAGGAAGAGCCAAGAAGAUGAAGUAGAUUAACUCAACAGGCUUUGAAUGAUACAAACAAAAUGUGGAAAUUUUAAUUCUUAAGAUUUUAAGAGACAUGUACAUGUACAU